GAAAAUAAAAAACAAAAAAUCCUGUUUGUAGAGAGAGAGAGAGGAGAGAGAGAGGGAGAAAGAGAAGGAGAGAGAGAGAGAGAGAUGGGUAAGAAGUUAGUGGAGAAGAAGAAGAAGAAGAAAGGACGCCCUUCCCUUUUAGACCUUCAAAAGCGAAGCCUCCGACUCCAACAGCAGCAGCAUCAUCCCCCAAAAUCGCAAAAACCAAACCCUAACACUAACCCUAACCCUAACCCUAACCCUUACCUCCGAUUCCCAAACCCUAAUCCUAGCCGUCGAUCUACCCGCCGGAACCCUAGCGGACUCGACGGAGAAGAAGAUGACGAAGAAGACGAAGACGACGACGACUCCAAUGGCAAGAAGAGGAGGGAGAAGAAACUCAAGCUCGUCCUCCGCCUGCCGCCGCGCCCGUCUCCGUCCUUAAACUCUCGCGGCGGCGGCGGAUCGGAUGACGGAUCGGAUUCCGAUGGUGAUACGCCGCUCAAGAAGCGGAAGAUCGACGAUGUGGGUGGCUCAGAACCGGAGGAUCGAGAUCUCAAUGAUGGAUCGGUUUGGGAAAAGGCAGAAAGGAACAGUUCUGUCCCGAAAGCGAUGGAUCAGUCUCCAGGGGUGCCGCGUGAUUCUGGCUCCCCGAUGCCAUUACCAGACAAGAAGUUGCUGGUUUUUAUCCUCGACAGGCUUCAAAAGAAAGACACUUACGGUGUCUUCUCUGAUCCCGUGGAUCCAAAUGAGCUGCCAGACUACCAUGAAGUUAUAGAGCAUCCGAUGGAUUUCAGCACUGUGAGGAAGAAGCUGGCCAGUGGAGCUUAUGCUAACUUGGAGCAAUUUGAGAAAGAUGUCUUGUUAAUCUGUUCAAACGCAAUGCGGUACAAUGCACCAGAUACCAUUUACUUUCGACAGGCACGAUCAAUGCAAGAGCUGGCGAAAAAGGAUUUUGAGAAUUUAAGGCAAGAAAGCGAUGAUAAUGAGCCUGAAAUAAAAUCUGUACGGAGAGGCAGACCACCGGGAAAGAACUCCAUCAAGCGAAUGAUGGGCAGAUUUCCCAUUGAUCGUGCUGGUUCCGAUUUUUCCUCCGAUGCUACUCUUGCUACUGCUGGAGAUAAUGCUGUAUGGUCAAACUCAGUCACAAGAAAAUCAACUCUUUCAGAUAAGCUCGGGAUUGCAGAAGUAUCAGCAAGGACUUCCCAUGGGUCCCGUAAUGGUGACACUUAUGGUUGGUCGGCUGAUCAUAAAUCUGAGAGAAAUGAUGAUUUUCCAGGUUCUGUAUUGAAGGGCAUGUCCAAAUUUGCAAAGAAUAAGUUUGUAUUUGAUGAAGACCGCCGUAACACUUACAAGCAAUCCCAUCAGUUGGUCUCUCGGAGAGAGUCAUCGGUGUUGACAACCUUUGAUGGAGAAAAGAAGCAGCUGAUGGCUGUUGGGGUUCAUAUGGAGCAUGCAUAUGCAAGGAGCCUGGCUCGAUUUGCUGCAAACCUUGGCCCUGUUGCUUGGAAGGUCGCCUCAAGGAAGAUUGAGAAAGUGUUACCAGCAGGAGUGAAGUUUGGCCCCGGAUGGGUGGGAGAAAAUGACGUGCCGCAACCGCGGGAGCCGCUGAUAUCAGCCUGUCCACCACGCUUGCCACCACCUCCACCGCCACCUCCACUGCCAGCAUUUCAACCCCCUUCUCAAUCCAGAACCACAACGGGUAACGUUCUACCUCGCAAGCUCGAGUCGAGAGGGGAUAAAUCAUCAGAAAAGCAGGAACCCUUGAAUAACUCGGCCUUGGAAGGCCAUUCAAACAGAACAAUCCCUCCAUCUACUGCAGCCACUCCUGCACUUCCAAACCGGUCUUCUGGCCCCAUGGAUAACUCUCAAGCCAUCAGAGGAAUGAAUUAUGAAGGUGGGUUUGGCCUACUUAGCAACAGUGGGAUGAUCAGGCCCAAUCCCCCCUUCCAGAUUCAUCAGAACCCUGCAAUUCAAUCUACCGUUAAUGGUCUUAACAGUGGGUUUGGAUUUAAUCUGCAAACCCAAGUAGGGAAGAUGGUCAGACCAGCUAGGCCUGCUGGGAACUCUGGCAAUCAUCAGAUGCCCAUGAUGCCCCCAAAUCGCUCAGAAGUUGAAAACCUGAAAGUAUCAGGCAGUUCAACUUCGAUCAAUUCACGCGCUCCCUUGCCUAAUUCCUGUCACGAGGUCCAGACGGGGGUGGGAUCUAGGCGGGGAUUAUCACUUAAAACGAAGCCAGACUCUGUCCCGCCCGACCUGAAUGUUAGAUUCCAGUCCCCGGGGUCACCUGCAUCCAGUGUGCUGGUCGACUCGCAGCAGCCUGACUUAGCAUUGCAGCUUUGAGAUUGGGUAAUUAUUCUUCUUUGAUUUGGUGGGGAGAGAGAGAGAGAGAGAGAGAGAGAGAGAGAUUGGUGGGGGUUAUUAAAAAGCAGGGGCAGGAUGAGUAGUAGGAAGCUGAGGGGUUGUUUCUUUCAUAAGGGGGAGCCACACCCAUUUACAUGUUGUAAAAGAGUAGAGGGGAGUUUGUACAGAUUAAUGUAUCCAAAUUCUUAGGCCAAAAAGAAAGGCAAAAUCCCAUUUGUAUCAAUCAAUCCAUCCAUGAGUUUAGUUACAA